AUGGGUGUCGGCUGGAGGAAGCUGGCCCCACUCUGGGCCCUGGCCCUCACCCUGGCCUGUGCCCAGCACACAGGCCAGGCUCAGGAUGGCUCUGUGGAACAUGGCCACAAGUCCCCAGACCUUCCCGUCCCCCAGGAGCUUGGUGGCCACCCACUCCGUGUGAUGACCGUCCUGCCCCCUCUGAGGACAGCCCCGGUGGUGCGAGCCCGGAACCCCGCGCACAACGGGCGCGUGUGCAGCGCCUGGGGCGACUUCCACUACAAGACCUUCGACGGCGACGUCUUCCGCUUCCCGGGCUUGUGCAACUACGUCUUCUCAGCGCACUGCGGAGCUGCCUACGAGGACUUCAACAUCCAGCUGCGCCGCGGCCGGGCGUCCAACGCCACCACGGUCAUCGGAGUCACCAUGAAGCUCGAUGGCGUGGUCAUCCAGCUGACCAAGAGCUCCAUCCUGGUCAACGGCCGCCCAACUCAGCUGCCCUUCAGCCAGUCCGGGGUCCUCAUCGAGUUCAGCGGCAGCUACCUGAAGGUGGUGGCCAAGCUGGGCCUGGUCUUCAUGUGGAGCCAAGAUGAUAGCCUCCUGCUGGAGCUGGACCCCAAGUACGCCAACCAGACCUGUGGGCUCUGCGGAGACUUCAGCGGCCAGCCGGUGUUCAAUGAGUUCUUCUCCCAUGGUGUCAAGCUGACCCCCAUCGAGUUUGGGAAUCUGCAGAAGAUGGACGGCCCCACGGAGCAGUGUCAGGACCCUGUCCUUGUACCCCUGAGGGACUGCUCACCUGGCCCUGGUGUCUGCGAGGAGAUCCUGAGCGGCUGGCUGUUCUCGGGCUGCCGCGCUCUGGUGGACCCCCGCCGCUACGUGCAGGCCUGCCGGCAGGACCUCUGCCUCUGUGAGCACGCUACCCACACCAGCUGCAUCUGCCACACGCUCGCCGAGUACUCCCGCCAGUGUGCCCACGCCGGGGGGCAGCCCCUGGACUCCCCCGAGAAUCACACAGAUGCCUUCGGGGCCCCUGGGUCUGAGGAGCCCUGAAGGGCAGAGCGACCGUGGGCAGAGGGCGGGUCCCCUCCCCCUGCUCAGGGGGCGGACUCAGCCUGGCACCUGCCGUACGGCCUGCCCGCUUCUGCAGGGAUGGUGCUCGAUGACCUCGGCCAGGCCGGCUGCAUCCCUGCAACCCAGUGCUCCUGUGUGUACAACGGGGCCGUCUACGCUCCAGGAGCGAGCUACACCACAGACUGCACCAACUGCACCUGCUCCGGGGGCCAGUGGAGAUGCCGGGAGCUGCCGUGCCCGGGCACCUGCUCGGUGCUGGGGGGCCCCCACGUCUCCACGUUCGACGAGAGAGAGUACACAGUGCACGGGGACUGCAGCUACGUGCUGGCCAAGCCCUGUAAGAGCAGUGCGUUCACUGUGCUGGCCGAGAUGCGUGGGUGCGGCCGGACGGACACCGAGACCUGCCUGAGGAGCCUGACGCUGAGCCUGGGCGGGGGGCACACGGUCAUCACGGUCAAGGCCGGCGGGGAGGUGUUUGUGAACCAGAUCUACACCCAGAUGCCCAUCUCAGCAGCCAAUGUCACGCUCUUCAGACCCUCAACCUUCUUCAUCAUCGCCCAGACCAACCUGGGCCUGCAGUUGAGUAUCCAGCUGGUGCCUAUCAUGCAGGUGUUCGUGAGGCUGGGGCCCGAGCUCCGCGGGCUGACCUGUGGCCUGUGCGGGAACUUCAACCAGAACCAGGCCGAUGACUUCCGGACCCUCAGCGGCGUGGUGGAGGGCACGGCUGCCGCCUUCGCCAACACCUGGAAGACCCAGGCCGCCUGCCCCAACGUCAAGAACAGCUUCGAGGACCCCUGCUCCCUCAGCGUGGAGAACGAGAAGUAUGCCCAGCACUGGUGCUCCCGGCUGAUGGACGCCCACGGCCCCUUCGCCCGGUGCCAUGCUGCCGUGAACCCUGGCACCUACUACUCGAACUGCAUGUUCGACACGUGUAACUGUGAGAAGAGCGAGGACUGCCUGUGCGCGGCCCUGUCCUCCUACGUGCACGCCUGCACUGCCAAGGGGGUGCUGCUCAGCGGCUGGAGGGACGGCAUGUGCACGAAGCCCAUGACCAGCUGCCCAAAGUCGCUGACCUACCGCUAUCACAUCAGCACCUGCCAGCCCACCUGCCGGGCCCGGAGUCACGAGGACGUCACCUGCGGCAUCAGCUUUGUCCCCGUGGACGGCUGCACCUGUCCCCAGGGCACCUUCAUGGAUGAUGCGGGCAAAUGUGUGCCAGCCACCAGCUGUCCCUGCUACCACGGGGGCUCCGUGGUGCCCAACGGGGAGUCGCUGCAUGAGCGUGGGGUCAUCUGCACCUGCACACAAGGCACGCUGACCUGCGUCGGAGGCCAGGCUCCCACCCCCGUCUGCACCGCACCCAUGGUCUACGUCGACUGUCGCAACGCCACGCCGGGGGCUGCCGGGGCCGGCUGUCAGAAGAGCUGCUUCACCCUGGACAUGGACUGUUACAGCUCCCAGUGCGAGCCUGGCUGCGUGUGUCCCGACGGGCUGGUGGCUGAUGGUGAGGGCCACUGCCUCCCUGCAGCCGAUUGCCCCUGUGUGCACAACGGGGCCAGCUACCCGCCCGGCCAGACCAUCCGGGUGGGCUGCAACACCUGCACCUGUAAGAACAGGAUGUGGCAGUGCACAGAGGACGCCUGCCUGGCCACCUGUGCAGUGUACGGGGACGGCCACCACCUCACCUUCGACGGAAAGAGCUACAGCUUCAGUGGGGACUGUGGGUACACGCUGGUCCAGGACCACUGUGGGGGCAACAGCACCACCAACCGCACCUUCCGCGUGGUCACCGAGAACGUCCCCUGCGGGACCACGGGCGUCACCUGCUCCAAGGCCAUCAGGCUGUUCCUGGGGAGCUACGAGCUGAGGCUGAGUGAUGGCGGUGUGGAGGUGACAGAGAAGGGGGCGGGGCAGGAGGCCCCCUACUCCAUUCGCCAGAUGGGCAUCUACCUGGUGGUGGACACCGAGGCUGGCCUGGUGCUUCUGUGGGACAGGAAGACCAGCAUCUUCCUCAAACUCAGCCCUGAGUUCAAGGGCCGGGUCUGUGGGCUGUGUGGGAACUUUGACGACAACGCCAUCAAUGACUUCACCACGCGGAGCCAGUCCGUGGUGAGCAGCGCCCUGGAGUUCGGCAACAGCUGGAAGUUCUCCCCAUCCUGCCCCGACGCCCCGGCCCCCAGGGACCCCUGCACCGCCAACCCGUAUCGCAAGUCCUGGGCCCAGAAGCAGUGCAGCAUCAUCAACAGCGCCACCUUCGCCGCCUGCCACGCCCACGUCGACCCCGCCAGGUACUACGAGGCCUGCGUGGGCGACGCGUGCGCCUGUGACUCGGGGGGCGAUUGUGAGUGUUUCUGCACGGCGGUGGCUGCCUACGCCCAGGCCUGCCACGACGUGGGCGUGUGUGUGUCCUGGCGGACCCCGGCCAUCUGCCCCCUGUUCUGCGACUACUACAACCCCGAGGGCCAGUGUGAAUGGCACUACCAGCCAUGCGGGGCGCCCUGCAUGAGGACCUGCCGGAACCCGAGCGGCCGCUGUCUGCACGACCUGCCGGGCCUGGAAGGCUGCUACCCCAAGUGCCCGCCCGGGGCCCCCAUCUUCGACGAGGACCAGAUGCAGUGUGUGGCCAUGUGCCCAACCCCACCCCCGCCGCUGCCCUGCCGCGUCCAGGGCAAGUCAUACCGGCCAGGCACAGCGGUGCCCUCCAACAAGAACUGCCACUCCUGCGUUUGCUCCGAGAGCGGCGUGCAGUGUGCCUACGACUUGGAGGCCUGUGUCUGCAUCUACGACGGACGGCGCUUCCGCCCGGGGGAUGUCAUCUACCACACGACAGACGGCACAGGCGGGUGCAUCUCUGCCCGCUGCUCCGCAAGCGGCGCCAUCGAGAGGCGCGUCUACGCCUGCAGCUCCAUGACCCCCACACCGCCAACCACCUUCUCCUUCUCCACGUCCCCGCUCGUUGUGAGCUCAACACGCCCGCCCCGCACGUCCCCCACGCGUGCCAAGAGCACGGUGCACACAGGCAUAACAUCUAGUCCGGUUGUCCAGCCCCGCCAGACCUGUGGGGAGGAGUGCCAGUGGUCGCCGUGGCUGGAUGUCAGCCACCCGGGGCGGGGCAUCGACAGCGGUGACUUCGACACACUGGAGAACCUCCGUGCCCAUGGGCACCAGGUCUGCACAGCACCGAAGAGGGUGGAGUGCCAAGUUGAGGGGGCCCCUGGAGUGCAGCUCCAGGCCCUGGGGCAGCAUGUGGAGUGCAGCCCCACGGUAGGCCUGACCUGUUACAACCGCAACCAGACGUCAGGGCUCUGCCACAACUACCAGAUUAGGGCUCUGUGCUGCUCCCCCUCGACCUGCCCCCGCUCCGGCAGCCUGGCCUGGACCACCUCUCCUGCAGCUUCCAGGAGGACAGACACUGGGCCCACACAGAGGGUUAGCAGGACCCCAUCUGUGCCAACGGAGAGCAGAACUUCCCCAGCCACUGUCACUUCAACUGGCACAAACACUCUCUCUACAACUAGCGGAACACCUGCUCCAGGUACCCCUACACCCGUCCAAGACCACUACAACCACCCCAGGGACUACACCUGUCCCGGGUACCACUCUAACCACUCCGGGUACUACACCUGCCCCAAGGACCACCACGACCACCCCAGGAACUCCUACAUCUGCCCCGGGUACCACCACAACCACUGCAGGUACUCCUACACCUGCCCCGGGUACCACCACAACCACACCAGGUACGACACCUGUCCCAAGGACCACUACAACCACCCCAGGAACUCCUACAUCUGCCCCGGGUACCACCACAACCACACCAGGUACGACACCUGUCCCAAGGACCGCUACCACCGCCCCAGGGACUACACCUGCCCCGGGUACCACCACGACCAUACCAGGUACGACACCUGUCCCAAGGACCACUACAACCACCCCAGGGACUACACCUGUCCCGGGUACCACUCCGACCACUCCGGGUACUACACCUGCCCCAAGGACCACCACGACCACCCCAGGAACUCCUACACCUGCCCCGGGUACCACCACGACCAUACCAGGUACGACACCUGUCCCAAGGACCACUACAACCACCCCAGGGACUACACCUGUCCCGGGUACCACUCUAACCACUCUGGGUACUACACCUGCCCCAAGGACCACCACGACCACCCCAGGAACUCCUACAUCUGCCCCGGGUACCACCACAACCACACCAGGUACGACACCUGUCCCAAGGACCGCUACCACCGCCCCAGGGACUACACCUGCCCCGGGUACCACCACGACCACCCCAGGUACUACACCUUCCCCGGGUACCACUCUGACCACUCUGAGUACUACACCUGCCCCAAGGACCACCACGACCACCCCAGGGACUACACCUGCUACGGGUACCGCCACGACCACACCAGGUACUCCUACAUCUGCCCCAAGGACCGCUACCACUGCCCCAGGGACUACACCUGUCCCAAGGACCACUACAACCACCCCAGGGACUACACCUGCCCCGGGUACCACUCUAACCACUCCGGGUACUACACCUGCCCCAAGGACCACCACGACCACCCCAGGAACUCCUACAUCUGCCCCGGGUACCAUCACGACCACACCAGGUACGACACCUGUCCCAAGGACCGCUACCACCGCCCCAGGGACUACACCUGCCUUGGGUACCACCACGACCACCACAGGUACUACACCUUCCCCGGGUACCACUCUGACCACUCUGGGUACUACACCUGCCCCAAGGACCACCACGACCACCCCAGGGACUACACCUGCCACGGGUACCGCCACGACCACACCAGGUACUGCUACAUCUGCCCCAAGGACUGCUACCACUGCCCCAGGGACUACACCUGUCCCAAGGACCACUACAACCACCCCAGGGACUACACCUGCCCCGGGUACCACUCUAACCACUCUGGGUACUACACCUGCCCCAAGGACCACCACGACCACCCCAGGAACUCCUACAUCUGCCCCGGGUACCAUCACGACCACACCAGGUACGACACCUGUCCCAAGGACCGCUACCACCGCCCCAGGGACUACACCUGCCCCGGGUACCACCACGACCACCGCAGCCCAAUGCCAGUUUCAACAACACGUGAGCCUUGUUUCAAAAAGUGUAGAUGGACCCAGUGGUUCGACAGCAGCUACCCUGGGCCUGGUAUAAACAGUGGAGAUUUUGACACUUUUCCUAAUUUGAGAUCCAAAGGACAUAAAUUCUGUGAAAAACCCAGUAAUGUGGAGUGCAGGGCAAAGUUUUUCCCAAACAUCCCACUGGAAGAGUUGGGGCAGGAUGUGAUCUGUGACAAGAGUGUGGGGCUGAUAUGCCUGAAUCAGAACCAGUCACCCCCAAUCUGCUAUAACUAUGAAAUCCGGAUUGAGUGCUGUGAGCUGGUGGAUACGUGUAGAAGCACCAAACACCCUGUGACUUCUGAGACCACACACUCAACUCCAAAGGAAACCGAGACCCAAACACAGCUUGCUCGGACCACUGGAAUUUCCUCGUCUCCCACACAUGUCAUUGUCAUCUCAACGCCGGUGCACCACUCAACCAACACCAUAACUGAGUCACACUUGGUCUCCUCACCUACGACUGUCACCUGCCAGCCACAAUGCACGUGGACCAAGUGGUUUGACGUGGACUUCCCGUCCCCGGGGCCACAUGGAGGAGACAUGGAAACCUACAUCAACAUCAAGAAAAAGGAAGAGAAAAUCUGCCGCCAGCCCGAAUACAUCUCGCAGCUGGAGUGCCGGGCCGAGAGCCACCCCGAGGUCAGCAUCGAGAAUCUGGGCCAGGUGGUGCAGUGCAACCUCAGCAAGGGCCUGGUGUGCCGGAACCGGGACCAGGAGGGCGAUGUCGGGAUGUGCCUCAACUAUGAGGUCCGGGUUUUGUGCUGUGAGCCCCCAGAGAACUGCUCUACCCACAAAACUGUCACAGUCCCUCACACCCCAAGUCUCAACCUCUGUCCCAACAGCCAGCCCAACCUCUGUGCCACCGAGAAGCCCAACCUCUGUGCCAGAAACCAGCUCAACUUCUGUGCCAACAACCAGCCCAACCUAUGUGCCCGAAACCAGCAAAACCACUGUGCCAACAACCAGCCCAACCUUUGUGCCAGAAACCAGCUCAAACUCUGUGCCAGAAUCCAGCAGCCCAACCUCUGUCCCAACAACCAGCUCAACCCCUGUGCCACCAAGCAGCCCAACCUCUGUCCCAAUAACCAGGUCAACCUCCGUCCCAACAACCAGCUCAACCUCUGUGCCACCAAGAAGCCCAACCUCUGUGCCAGAAACCAGCUCAACUUCUGUGCCAACAACCAGCCCAACCUAUGUGCCCGAAACCAGCAAAACCACUGUGCCAACAACCAGCCCAACAUUUGCACCAGAAACCAGCAAAACCACUGUGCCAACCACCAGCCUGACAUCUGUGCCAGGAACCAGCUCAUCCUCUGUUCCACCAACCACCCCAACCUCUGUCUCAACCUCUGUGCCACCAAGCAGCCCAACUUCUGUCCCAACAACCAGGUCAACCUCUGUCCCAACAACCAGCUCAACCUCUGUGCCAGGAACCAGCUCAUCCUCUGUGCCAACAACCAGCCCAACCUCUGUGCCAACAACCAGCCCAUCCCCUGUGCCAGAAACCAGCUCAACCUCUGUGCCCAAAUCCGGUACUUCCCACAAUGCACGUGGACCAAGUGGUUUGACGUGGACUUCCCGUCCCCGGGGCCACAUGGAGGAGACACGGAAACCUACUGCAACAUCAAGAAAAGGGGAGAGAAAAUCUGCCGCCGGCCCGAAUCCAUCUCGCAGCUGGAGUGCCGGGCCGAGAGCCACCCCGAGGUCAGCAUCGAGAAUCUGGGCCAGGUGGUGCAGUGCAACCUCAGCAAGGGCCUGGUGUGCCGGAACCGGGACCAGGAGGGCGAUGUCGGGAUGUGCCUCAACUAUGAGCUCAACCUCUGUGCCACCAAGCAGCCCAACCUCUGUCCCAAUAACCAGGUCAACCUCCAUCCCAACAACCAGCUCAACCUCUGUGCCACCAAGAAGCCCAAUCACUGUGCCAGAAACCAGCUCAACUUCUGUGCCAACAACCAGCCCAACCUAUGUGCCCGAAACCAGCAAAACCACUGUGCCAACAACCAGCCCAACAUUUGCACCAGAAACCAGCAAAACCACUGUGCCAACCACCAGCCUGACAUCUGUGCCAGGAACCAGCUCAUCCUCUGUUCCACCAACCACCCCAACCUCUGUCUCAACCUCUGUGCCACCAAGCAGCCCAACUUCUGUCCCAACAACCAGGUCAACCUCUGUCCCAACAACCAGCUCAACCUCUGUGCCACCAAGAAGCCCAAUCACUGUGCCAGAAACCAGCUCAACUUCUGUGCCAACAACCAGCCCAACCUAUGUGCCCGAAACCAGCAAAACCACUGUGCCAACCACCAAAUCCAGCCCAACCUCUGUCCCAACAAGCAGCUCAACCUCUGUGCCAGGAACCAGCUCAUCCUCUGUGCCAACAAUCAGCCCAACCUCUGUCCCAACAACCAGCUCAACCCCUGUCUCAACCUCUGUGCCACCAAGCAGCCCAACCUCUGUCCCAACAACCAGGUCAACCUCUGUCCCAACAACCAGCUCAACCUCUGUGCCACCAAGAAGCCCAACCUCUGUGCCAGAAACCAGCUCAACUUCUGUGCCAACAACCAGCCCAACCUAUGUGCCCGAAACCAGCAAAACCACUGUGCCAACAACCAGCCCAACAUUUGCACCAGAAACCACUCAACCUCUGUGCCAGAAUCCAGCCCAACCUCUGUCCCAACAAGCAGCUCAACCUCUGUGCCAGGAACCAGCUCAUCCUCUGUGCCAACAAUCAGCCCAACCUCUGUCCCAACAACCAGCUCAACCCCUGUGCCUAAAACCAGCUCGACGUGCUACUGCAGCGUGUCUGGCAAGCUCUACUCCGCAGGAUCCAUCGUUUACCAACAGACCGACCUCGCCGGUCACUGCUACUAUGCCGUGUGCACUCUGGACUGCCGCGUGGUCAGGCGGACGGACCAGUCCUGCCCCAGCAGCGUGUCACCUCCUGCCCCGGCCACCUCCCCCCACGGCUUCUCCCCGUCGACCUCCGUGCCUAUCACUGAGCAGGGGUGCCCCAACGCAGUCCCCCCAAGAAUGAAAGGCGAGACCUGGCCCACGCCCAACUGCUCUCAGGCCACUUGUGAGGGCAACGCAGUCAUCAGCGUGCACCAGCGCCGCUGUCCCCACGCUCAGCCGCCGACCUGUGCCAACGGCUUCCCCCCCGCCAAGGUGGCCGACCACGACGGCUGUUGUCCAGGCUACCAGUGCCAGUGUGUGUGCAGCGGCUGGGGCGACCCCCACUACGUCACCUUCGACGGCACGUACUACACAUUCCUGGGCAACUGCACAUACGUGCUGGUGCAGCAGAUCAUGCCCGUGUAUGAGCAUUUCCGCGUGCUCAUCAACAACUACUUCUGUGGGGCCGAGGACGGGCUCUCCUGCCCGCAGUCCAUCAUCGUCGAGUACCGGCAGGACCGCGUCGUGCUGACCCGCAAGCCCGUCCUCGGUGUGAUGACCAACGAGAUCAUCUUCAAUGAGAAAGUGGUCAGGCCCGGCUUCCAGAAGGAUGGCAUGAAUGUGUUCCAAAUCGGCAUCAAGAUGUACGUGACCAUCCCCGAGCUUGGCGUCCAGGUCAUGUUCUCCGGCCUCAUCUUCUCGGUGGAGGUGCCUUUCAGCAAGUUUGCUAACAACACAGAGGGCCAGUGCGGCACCUGCACCAAUGACAAGAAGGAUGAGUGUCGCCUGCCUGGGGGGGCGGUGGCGGCCUCCUGCUCCGAUAUGUCCGGCCACUGGAAGGUGACAGCACCCCACCAGCCACUCUGCCACGAACCUUCCCCGACGCCCCCUCCAGCCAGGCCCACGCCUUCGCCCACCCCGUGCUCGUCGUCCUCAAUCUGCCAGCUGAUUCUGAGCAAGGUCUUUGAGCAGUGCCACGCUGUGAUCCCCCCGAUGACCUUCUACCAAGGCUGCGUCUUCGACUGGUGCCAUAAGACCGACUCGGACGUGGUAUGCUCCAGCCUGGAGCUGUACGCGUCCCUCUGCGCCUCCCGCGGCGUGUGCAUCCACUGGAGGAACCACACCAGCCACGCGUGCCCGUUCACCUGCCCCACUGACAAGGUGUACCAGCCCUGUGGCCCGUCCAAGCUCUCCUACUGCUACGGGAGCGACAACACCAGCCUCAUGGCUCUGCAGGACGCUGGCCCCAUCACAGAAGGCUGCUUCUGUCCAGAGGACAUGAUGCCUUUCAGCACGAGCUCUGACGUCUGUGUGCCCAUAGACUGCCACACCUGUGACCCCAGCUACUGCCCCAAGCCCGUGGCCUGUCCCGAGGGCUCCGGCCUGAUCUUGACCUACGAGGAGGGGGCCUGCUGCCCGAGCCAGAACUGCAGCUGGAGUGUCUGCAGCAUCAAUGGCACCUUGUACCAGCCCGGCUCCGUGGUCUCCUCCAGUCUGUGUGAAACGUGCCGAUGCGAGGUGCCCGGCCGUCCCUCUUCGGACACGGCCGUGAUCAGCUGCGAGAUCCAGAUUUGCGACACCCGCUGCCCCUUGGGCUUCGAGUACCGGGAGCAGAGCGGGCGGUGCUGCGGUGGGUGCGAGCCGCAGGCCUGCGUCCUCAACACCAGCGACAGCUCCGUCCACGUCUUCUACCCCGGCCAGUCCUGGUCAGACCCUGGGAACCCCUGUGUGACCCACGAGUGUGAGGAGCACCGGGACGGGCUUGUGGUGGUGACCAGGAAGAAGGCGUGUCCCCCACUCCGCUGUCCUGCGGACCAGGCCCGGCCGAGCGCGGAUGGUUGCUGUGUGUCCUGUCCUCCAUUCCCAUCCCAGCCCAACUCGCGCUGCGCCAUGUUUAACGAGUCCCGGGUCAUCAAGCAGCAAGGCUGCAGCUCCCUCCAGCCUGUGCCCCUGGCCUACUGCCAGGGCAACUGUGGGGACAGCGCCUCCAUGUACGUGAGCCCCUUCCUCAGCCCGGCCCGCUUGCGCGGGGCAGGGUCUACACUGGGCGCGGGGAUGGAGAAGGGCGGGGGCAGGGCGGCGGGGGCGGCGGCCCGUGGACUGUCGGGCAUCCGGCUGUACUCCCAGGAGGCCAACGCCAUGCAGCACCGCUGUGAGUGCUGCCAGGGGCUGCGCGUCUCCCUGAGGAACGUGACCCUGCACUGCAAGGACGGCUCCAGCCAGGCCUUCAGCUACCCCCACGUGGAGGAGUGUGGCUGCGUGGGGCAGCGCUGUGGAUCUCACGGCACCCCGGGCCACGCGGAGGGGUCGGGGUCUAUGCAGAGCGAUGAGGACCAGAGCCAGGAGAUGGAGCGUGCGGGCGGGAAGAGCGGGGCCAGGGCCACAGGCCCUCCCAGCCGACUGACCAGCACCCGUCCUCAGGGCUCCCGGCCACCCCCGUCUGGGAUACACCGAUAA